CCUCCUCCUCCUCCUGAGGUGACUGGGGGGCUGCUGUGGGAAGCUCCCAGCAGGGCGGCUCGAUAGAUGGAGCAGGUUUAUGGUAAUGAGGAGUGCGGGGGGAGGAGGGCAGAGGAGCGGCGCAGCCUGUGAGGGGGAGGGAGCCAUUUUGGAAUCACUCGUAAAGUUAACGUGGGACGUGUAGGUGAAGUUGCGGAGAGUGCCCGGCAUGCCGCCCCGCAGCCCGCGCUGACAGUGGAGAUGUGGGCGCUGUGCUUGUGUGUGCUCGGGCUGCUGCAGCCGGCGGACGGGCUGGAUGCUCACCUGUAUCCCGGGGUGGCGGUGAAUGUGUCCCUGGGCUCGGACUGGACGUACCGGCUGCGAGGGGUGCUGAGCGCGGAGCUGGAGGAGACGGGGAGGCUGAGGAGCGGGGCUCGGUGUGACCGCCUGUCCCCGCUCUAUGUGGAGCUCAGGUCGGAGAGCCGACGGACUGCUUUGAGCAUCAGGCUGGAUGUGCGGGGACCCCGGCAGCGCUGCCACCUUCAGCACCGGACUGUGGACCUGGAGUACUGGGCGCCCCCCGGGAUGGCUGGGUGUUUUCUCCCGGAUCUGGUACCCCGGACCGAGGAGCUUCUGAGAACAGUGCUGGGGGCAUCAGACUGUAGGCUGCGGGGGGCCCCCGGAGUGCACUGCCCGGACUCUAUCGUGCACCUGGUGUGCCAGCCCCGUGCUCUGCCGGUGCGGGUCAGGCUGCUGGCGGAGGACUAUGUGCGGCCAUCCCAGCGCUACAGGAGGCUGAAGAGGAGCCUGAAUAACAGCCCGCAGUUCCAGCUGCACAACUACCAAGCUUCGGUCCCCGAGAACGAGCCGGCGGGGACCCAGGUGACCUCCCUGCGGGCCACCGACCAGGACCAGGGCGAGGCUGGCAGGGUGGAAUACUACAUGGAGGCUUUGUUUGACAGCCGGUCUUCCGAUUACUUCCACAUAGAUGCAGAGGCUGGCAUAGUGACCACCACCCAGGCACUGGACCGGGAGACCAAAGACACCCAUGUCUUCAAGGUGACUGCCACCGACUUUGGGUCUCCCAGGAGAUCGGCAAUCACCUACCUGACAGUGACAGUAAGUGACACCAACGACCAUGUCCCGGUGUUCGAGCAGUCGGAAUAUAGGGAAAACAUUAGGGAAAACCUGGAAGUAGGCUACGAAGUAAUGACCAUCAGGGCCACAGAUGGGGAUGCCCCCUCUAAUGCCAACAUGCUGUAUAGACUGGUCAAUGCUGACGGAGUAAACGCUGUGUUCGAAAUUGACCCCCGAUCUGGGGUAGUAAGGACGAGGGGGCAGGUAGACAGGGAGACUGUGGCCGACUACCAGCUAAUAGUGGAGGCCACUGACCAAGGGAAGGACCCGGGCCCCAAAAGUGCCACAGCCACAGUCUACAUCUACAUAGAGGACGAGAAUGACAACUACCCUCAGUUUACAGAGAAGCGAUAUGUAGUGCAGGUCCCUGAGAACGUUAGUCCCAACACAAAGAUCUUGCAGGUCCAGGCCACAGACAAGGACAAGGGUAACAAUGCAAUGGUACACUACAGCAUCGUGAGUGGCAACAUCAAGGGUCAGUUCUACAUCCAUUCCUUCACUGGAGACAUUGAUGUUAUAUAUCCCCUGGAUUUUGAGGCUGUCAGGGAAUACUCAUUACGGAUAAAAGCACAAGAUGGCGGCCGACCUCCCUUAAUCAACACAACCGGAAUGGUCUCCGUGCAGGUGGUGGAUGUCAAUGACAAUGCUCCUAUUUUUGUUAGCACUCCAUUUCAGGCCACCGUCCUGGAGAAUGUCCCUAUAGGCUACUCAGUGGUUCACAUCCAGGCCAAUGAUGCCGAUUCUGGAGAAAAUGCAAGGAUACAAUAUAGUUUAACAGAUACCUCCCCAAACUUCCCCUUUGUCAUCAACAACAAUACCGGCUGGAUUACUGUGUCAAUAGAGCUGGAUAGGGAAACUGUGGAAUCCUAUACUUUUGGAGUUGAGGCUAGAGACAAUGGAGAGCCAGUCAUGAGUUCAUCGGCUAGUGUGACUAUAACUGUGCUGGAUGUCAAUGACAAUAACCCUACCUUCACUGAGAAGGUCUACCAACUGAGACUCAAUGAAGAUGCUGCUGUGGGAAGCAGUGUCCUCACGAUGACAGCCGUGGACAGGGAUGUCAAUAGUGUGGUGACCUACCAGAUCACUAGUGGCAACACCAGGAAUCGCUUUUCCAUUACCAGCCAGAGUGGGGGUGGGCUUAUCACCUUAGCUCUACCCUUGGAUUACAAGCAAGAGAGGCAGUAUGUCCUCACUGUCACCGCUUCUGAUGGCACUCGCUCUGACACUGUUCUGGUCUUCAUCAACGUCACUGAUGCCAAUACUCAUAGACCAGUGUUUCAAAGCUCACAUUACACAGUGAGUGUGAGUGAAGACAAACCCAUAGGCACGUCUAUAGUUACUAUAAGUGCAACCGAUGAGGACACUGGGGAAAAUGCUAGAAUAACAUACAUCAUGGAGGACAACAUUCCCCAGUUUAAGAUAGACCCUGACACUGGCACUAUUACCUCAUUGAUAGAGCUAGACUAUGAGGAUCAGGCAUCUUAUACCUUGGCAGUGACUGCUAAGGACAAUGGCAUUCCACAAAAGUCUGACACCACAUAUGUAGAGAUACUAAUUCUAGAUGCCAAUGACAAUAUGCCUCAGUUUUUAAGGGACAGGUACCAGGGUGCUGUUUUUGAGGACGUAGCAAUUUCGACCAGUGUGCUUCAGAUAUCUGCCACAGACAGAGACUCUGGUAUGAAUGGGAGGGUCAUGUAUACAUUUCAGGGAGGGGAUGAUGGAGAUGGUGAUUUUUACAUCGAGCCCACCUCUGGUAUUAUUAGGACAAACCGUCGUCUGGAUAGGGAAAAUGUACCUGUGUACAACCUCAGGGCGUUUGCAGUAGACAGAGGGAACCCACCUUUGAAAGCCCCAGUAGACAUCCAGGUCACUGUUUUAGAUAUCAAUGACAACCCUCCAGUGUUUGAAAAGGAUGAGCUGGAUAUAUUUGUGGAGGAGAACAGUCCAGUGGGCUCUGUUGUGGCCAGGAUUACUGCUACGGACCCAGAUGAAGGAACUAAUGCCCAGAUAAUGUACCAGAUAGUCGAAGGUAACAAUCCAGAGGUCUUCCAGCUAGAUCUUUUUAAUGGAGACCUGACCGCUCUGGUGGACCUAGAUUAUGAGGUGAAGACUGAGUAUGUCAUUGUGGUCCAGGCAACCUCGGCACCAUUGGUAAGCAGGGCUACCGUUCAUGUGAAACUGCUGGACAAGAAUGACAAUGACCCUGUCUUACAGGACUUUGAAAUCAUCUUUAACAACUAUGUGACCAAUAAGUCCAACAGCUUCCCCUCUGGGGUAAUUGGGAAAAUCCCAGCGUAUGACCCUGAUGUAUCUGAUACCCUGCACUACAGCUUUAUUCAGGGCAAUGAGUUAAAUCUUCUCAUCCUGGAUCCAUCCACUGGGGACCUGAAGCUCAGUAAAGACCUGGACAACAAUAGACCCCUGGAAGCCCAGAUGAGAGUUUCUGUUACUGAUGGCGUUCAUAGUGUCACUGCUCACUGUACUUUACGAGUCACCAUCAUCACAGAUGACAUGUUAACCAACAGCAUCACAGUCCGGCUAGAAAACAUGUCUCAGGAGAAGUUUCUGUCCCCGCUUCUUUCUCUCUUUGUGGAAGGAGUGGCCACUGUGUUGUCUACUACCAAGGAGGGCAUCUUUAUCUUCAAUAUUCAAAAUGAUACCGAUGUGAGCUCCAACAUUCUCAAUGUGACAUUUUCUGCCUUGUUACCUGGAGGGGUCAGAAACAAGUUUUUUCAUUCUGAAGAUCUCCAAGAACAGAUAUACCUGAAUAGGACCCUGCUCACAUUGAUUUCCACUCAGCGGGUCCUGCCUUUUGAUGAUAACAUUUGUUUGCGGGAACCUUGUGAAAAUUACAUGAAGUGUGUGUCUGUACUAAAAUUUGACAGUUCAGCUCCCUUUAUAAGCUCCAAUACAGUUCUCUUCCGCCCAAUUCAUCCCAUCAAUGGAUUACGGUGCCGAUGUCCUCCUGGAUUUACUGGGGAUUACUGUGAAACAGAAAUUGAUCUCUGUUAUUCCAAUCCCUGUGGAAAGAAUGGACUGUGUCGAAGCAGGGAAGGUGGCUACUCUUGUGAAUGCAACGAAGAAUAUACAGGAGAACAUUGUGAAGUGAGCUCAAGGUCUGGUCGCUGUGUCCCAGGGGUUUGUAAGAAUGGUGGCACCUGCAUUAACCUGCUUAUUGGAGGAUUUAAGUGCAAGUGUCCUCCUGGAGAGUUUGAGAAGCCAUACUGUGAAAUGACCACCAGAAGCUUCCCCCCACAGUCCUUUCUUACAUUUAAAGGAUUAAGACAACGCUUCCAUUUCACAGUCUCUCUUAUGUUUGCUACCAGGGAACGGAAUGCACUGAUACUUUACAAUGGCCGGUUUAAUGAAAAGCAUGACUUCAUUGCGCUAGAAAUUAUUGAGGAGCAGAUUCAACUUACGUUCUCAGCAGGGGAAAGCACCACUACAGUCAGACCAUACAUUGAAGGAGGUGUGAGUGAUGGGCAAUGGCAUUCUGUACAAGUGCAGUACUACAACAAGCCCAACAUUGGAAGGCUAGGUAUUCCUCAUGGUCCAUCUGGAGAGAAGGUGGCUGUAGUUACUGUAGAUGACUGUGACACUGCCGUAGCUAUAAGGUUUGGGAACCUUAUCAAGAACUACACAUGUGCUGCUCAGGGGACCCAAACUGGAUCCAAGAAGUCUCUCGACUUAACUGGACCAUUGUUGCUCGGAGGUGUUCCGGAUUUGCCCGAGGAUUUCCCUGUACAGAACAGGCAGUUUAUUGGCUGCAUGAGAAAUCUAACAAUUGACAGUAGACCAGUAGACAUGGCUAGUUUUAUAGCCAACAAUGGCACUUUGCCAGGUUGUUCUGCAAAGCGAAAUUAUUGUGAUACCAAUGUAUGUCAGAACCAGGGGACCUGUGUUAAUAAGUGGAACACAUACUCCUGCGACUGUCCUUUGCAUUAUGGAGGGAAAAAUUGUGAACAAGUAAUGCCAUUUCCACAACGGUUCCAAGGAGAUGGAAUUGUUAUAUGGCCUGAGUUGGAUGCUACAGUAUCUGUACCAUGGUUCAUUGGGAUAAUGUUUAGAACUCGGCAAACAAGUGGCAUAUUGAUGCAGGCCAAUGCUGGUUCUUCAACAAAGAUUAACAUCCAGAUUUUGAACAGUUACCUCGACUUUGAGGUAUACAGUGGUUUCACUCGUGUAGCCGGUAUGAAGAUCCUGCAGAUGAGGGUCAGUGAUGGUGAAUGGCAUCACCUGCUCAUAGAGCUGAAAAGUUCUAAGGAUGGGAAGGACAUCAAGUAUUUAGCUAUCAUGUAUCUGGACUAUGGAGUUUAUCAGAACUCUGUGGAAAUUGGCAAUGAUCUGCCAGGCCUCAAGCUGAAGGCUAUCUUUGUAGGUGGCUUGUCUGAUGCAAACGGCCUUGUAACCCAGGGCUUUACUGGCUGCAUGAAGGGAGUAAGAAUGGGAGAAACAUCAACAAAUAUAGCUACCCUUAACAUGAACAAAGCUGAGAUUAUCAACGUGGAAAGUGGCUGUGAAGUGGACAAUCCUUGCGAUGCCAAUCCAUGUCCAUAUAACAGUGACUGCACUGAUGAGUGGGAUAGUUUUACUUGCAACUGUGAGCCAGGGUUCUUUGGGAAAGACUGUUUAGAUGUGUGCAGCCUGAACCCUUGUGAGCAUGUCUCUACUUGUGCUCGAAAGCCAAGCUCUUCUCAUGGAUACACGUGUGAAUGCGGAACAGGCUACUAUGGACAAUACUGUGAGAACAAGGUGGAUUUGCCAUGUCCUAGAGGCUGGUGGGGGAAUCCUGUUUGUGGACCCUGUAAUUGUGAUGUCAGUAAAGGAUUCGACCCUGACUGUAAUAAGACAAAUGGAGAAUGCCGGUGUAAGGACAAUUACUACAGGCCCCAAGACAGUGACACUUGUUACCCCUGUGACUGCUUCCCUUCAGGAGCAUAUGAACGUGGUUGUGACAUGGAGACUGGACAAUGCCCAUGCAAGCCUGGCGUAAUCGGGCACCAGUGUAACCGCUGUGACAAUCCUUUCGCUGAGGUCACCAAUGACGGCUGUGAAGUGAUUUAUAAUGCAUGCCCCAAAGCCUUUGAGGCCGGAAUCUGGUGGCCACAGACCAAGUUUGGUCAACCAGCUGCUGUUCCUUGUCCCAAGGGAUCUGUCGGGAAUGCGAUCCGGCACUGUAGUGAGGAAAAAGGCUGGCUUCCUCCCGAACUCUUCAACUGCACCACACUGACCUUUUUGGAACUAAAAACUCUGAAUGAAAAGCUUCGCCGAAAUGAGACAACUUUGGAUGGUGUCAAGUCCAUUGAGAUUGCUAGAGUCUUGCACAAUGCAACCAACCACACAAAGUCUUUCUAUGGGAAUGACAUCAGAACCAGCUACCAGAUGCUAGUGAGGGUGCUGCAGUAUGAGAGCCAGCAGCAAGGCUUUGACCUGGCGGCAACUAGAGAUGUGGAAUUUAAUGAGAACAUCAUCCAUGCAGGCAGCAUAAUAUUAGAUCGCAGCAACAAAGAGCACUGGGACCAGAUCCAGAGGACUGAAGGGGGCACAGCACACCUGUUGAAACAUUAUGAAGAAUAUGCCAGCAACAUGGCACGGAACCUAAAAAAGACUUAUAUGAAACCUUUCAUUAUCGUUGCUAAAAAUAUUAUCAUUGCUGUAGACAUCUUUGACAAGGCAAAUUUCAGUGGAGCCAAAGUUCCCCAGUUUAGUGAGAUAUAUGAAGAUUAUCCUAAAGACUUACAGUCGUCAGUCCUGUUCCCUGAUACUUUGUUUAAGCCCCCUGAAAGAAAAGCUCUGCCCACUGUCAAACCUUCCAAUCAGAAAUAUCCUAUCAGUGAUGAGGAAUAUGACUCCCGUCUCUCUAAACGGAAAAAGAGACAACCAGAUUUAUCGAAUCAGCAUGCUAUUGCUAUGGUGAUAGUGUAUCGCUCUUUGGGGCAGCUGUUACCAGAAAACUAUGACCCUGACCGAAGAAGCUUAAGAGUUCCUAAUCGGCCAAUCAUUAACACACCCAUUGUAAGUGCGUCUGUUCAUAAUGAAGGGGACCCGCUACCAUCUCAGCUGGAAAAACCAAUAAUACUGGAUUAUACAAUGUUAGAAACUGAGGAGAGGACCAAACCUGUGUGUGUUUUUUGGAACCACUCCAUUAUAAGUGGGGGCACAGGAGGAUGGUCCUCCAAAGGCUGUGAACUGGUCUUCAGAAAUAAAAGCCACAUCACCUGCCAGUGUAAUCACAUGACCAGUUUUGCUGUGCUGAUGGACAUUUCCAAGCGAGAGAAUGGUGAGGUGCUUCCUCUGAAGAUCAUCACAUACACCUCUGUGUCUGUCUCCCUGGCGGCCUUGCUGCUGACUUUCAUCUUACUUGUGAUCAUCAGAACAUUACGAUCCAACAUUCACAAUAUUCAUAAAAACUUAGUGGCCACCCUCUUCUUUUCUGAGCUAGUCUUUCUCAUUGGCAUCAACCAGACUGAAAAUCCAUUUGUGUGUACUGUGAUCGCCAUCCUCUUGCAUUACUUCUACAUGAGCACCUUUGCCUGGAUGUUUGUGGAAGGACUUCACAUUUACCGUAUGCUGACGGAAGUGAGGAACAUUGACACUGGUCACAUGCGCUUCUACUAUGUGGUUGGUUAUGGGAUACCAGCCAUUAUAACAGGACUUGCUGUUGGUCUGGAUCCUCAAGGCUAUGGGAACCCUGACUUCUGCUGGCUCUCAGUACAUGACACUCUCAUCUGGAGUUUUGCUGGCCCCAUCGCUGUAGUGGUUGCUAUAAAUACAGUCAUCUUCGUACUAGCUGUGAAGACGUCCUGUGGACGGAGACAACGGGUAUUUGAGAAAACUGGAGUUAUGUCAACGCUAAGAACAGCUUUCCUCCUGCUGCUUUUGGUUAGUGCCACAUGGUUACUGGGACUCAUGGCUGUCAACAGCGAUGUGAUGACAUUUCACUACCUCUUUGCCAUCUUUAGCUGUAUGCAGGGUCUCUUUAUUUUCUUUUUCCAUUGUGUAUUUAACAAAGAAGUCAGAAAACAGUUAAAGAAUACAUUUACUGGAAAGAAAUACCUCACAGAUGAGAGUACAACGACAAGAGCCACGCUAUUGACUCGGACACUAAAUUAUAAUAAUACCUAUAUGGAUGAAUCCAUGUUCAGAACAGACAUUGGAGAAUCCACAGUCUCCUUGGAGAGCACCGUCAGGUCAGCCAAGAGCCACAAUAGCUACCUUGCUUAUAUCCUCAGGGACGAGGCAGCUCAGAAGCUUAGUGUGUCCUCAGGACAGACCCGUGCCGGUGUGACAGAAGUCGAUGCUGCCCUUUUCCUCAGAAACCGCACGCAAUCACAUGGACAUGACUCCGACUCAGACAGCGAGCUUUCCCUGGAUGAGCAUAGCAGCUCAUAUGCUUCCUCUCAUUCAUCUGACAGUGAAGAAGAGGAGAUUGAAACAGAGCAACAGUGGAAACCAACUAGCCCUAAAAACAAUGAGCGUGGACCAGUUCAUAGCACCCCAAAAGUGGAUUCAGUACCAAAUCAUGUCAAACCCUACUGGCCAGCUGACUGUGUGACUGCCAGUGACAGUGAAGAUCAGAAUGGCAAAUGCAAGUUGAAAGUGGAGACUAAAGUAAAUGUAGAGCUACACAAUGAAACCAAGGCCAACCACUGUGGAGACACCCCUCAUGACAAAGAGAACGAAGCUCAGAACAAGGAUGGCAAACUUAAUAGCAAUCAAAAUAACCAGCAGCCAGAGCUCAGGAAGGGGAUCCUGAAAAACAAAGUCACAUACCCACCACCGUUGACUGAUAAAAACAUGAAAAAUCGUUUACGUGAGAAGUUGGCCGACUAUAAUCACAGUACGAUCUCAUCAAGGACUUCUUCUGUGUGCUCAAAUGAUGGUGUCCGUCCAGUAACAGACAACUCAAUAACCCUAAAAAAUUCACGGAGAGACCAUUCCCGGGAACAGCUCAAUGGCAUAGCAAUGAAUGUGCAGGUGGCACCUACGAAUGGGGAAACUUCAGAUUCUGAGGUAACAAGCAAUCUCAUUUCGCUGGAGCAGAAAGUCAGAUUUUAACAUAAGGCAAAAGUUUUCUAAAGCUAAACAAUUGGAAACUGUGAAGGCUGGUAGUGAUCGAGAGACCUCGCCCCGAGCUUGUGAUGCCCUCUACACCUGGGAUAAUACAGAAAAGCACAAGUGUCACGGCUGAGGAUAUAUUGUUGCUAAUGCAAUUACCUACAAUGGCAGACUUGUGACUGCUUCCUAAUACACAUACAUAUAUAUAUAUACAUAUAUAUCGGAAGGCUGUGCUAUCAGCACCCAGUGCCAAAUGUGUGACACUAAGCAAAGUUCCAUUGCCCUGGAUGAAAAGGACAUCACAGUAGAGACUGGCAGAUACCUGGAGCCAUACAUUGCAGAGGAGACUGCUUUGUGGUGCAGUCAAAGCUAAAGACUCUUGAAUUAAUGUACAUACAAUGGGACUACUAUGUUGAAAUUGGCAUUCUACAGACGGCCCUUUUCUCUGGGGCCCCGUCAGUGCUGAUUUGCUUGUGUUCUGUCACAAUGUGACCUUCCAGCCUACUGAACAAUAUACACCGGAAUAUGACACCAAGUGCCCUUCAUUCAUUUCACCACAUUAUAAUGUGUCUUAAAAUCUCACCCGAUGUAUAAAUCUAUAACACUGACUGUAGAUAUUUUUUUUUUAUAUAUUUUGUAUGAAGACUUUUUUUAAAAAGAAAAAAAAAGCUCUUUUUGUAAAUUUUACACUAGAACUAGUUUGUUUCUUUGAUACUCGAAGACCUGCUGAGGACAGAUAUUUUUAUAUUAAGAUUGCACAUUGUUACUUGAAUUUUAACCUUUUAUUUUUCAGAAAACUCAACAGUUUUUAUUUUAAAGUGAAAUUUUUAAUGUUGAUUAUUUUACAAACCUGUGCCCUAAGUCGAGACAAAAAAAAAUCACAUACUCGUGCUGCCAAGUAAUUGUGAUCCUUGUCAUUACCGCCACGUCACAAUUAAUGCCUUCUUUUUUAUUUUGUGAGAUUUGAGGCCUUCUUUGACUAUCCAUCCAGUUGUAAAACCUUUCAGAGCUUCCUUUCAUGUCCGCAAAAAGCUGGAAUAUGUUGUCAAAAUGCCACAUAAACUGUGUGGUUCAUCCUACCUGAAAUCAGCAUCGACACUGUGUAUACCUUGCGGCCCUACACAGUACUGUCCAACUCUUCUGGGGUGUUGGUUUUCGUUAAAUAACAAAUGAUACAAUGUUCAAUAAUUGAAUGUGUAUUUUUAUUUAAUUCAUUGGUUUUGAAAAAAGCAAUGCAGAUUUUCUAUUUCUAAUUUUAGUCAUUUUGUGCUCCAGAAAUCUCCCCUACACACAGGCUAGCUCAAAAGCAGUGCCUGGGCUUUGUAAAAGUGCAGAAGCUUUUUGAUGUGCACCCUGUUAAAAAAGUGAUCCUUUUAUGUAUCUCUUACAUUGUGAUUUUAAUAUUGGACAAGAUAGGAUUUAAGGGAGAAGAUUUUAUUGUGGGAGACAUUUCUGGUAUGUUUAUUUUGUGUGUGUGUUCACUAAAAGAAGAUCUCCACACAGGGAGCUUUAAUACAGGGUGCACAUUCUAAAGCUUCAGCACUUUAACCCUAGGAACACCCUUUAAUAUAGAGUCAUUUAUGUGCCUGUACUACAGUAUUGUGUAUGGCAUGACCAGUACAAUUUGGCCUUAUAUUAUCUAUACAUUGGUACUGUUAGAUUUUACUUUUAGUGUAAUACAGACACAAAGCCUAAACCUGCCAUGGUUCUGAUGAAUUGGACUUAACUAGAGAAUCCUAUAGUGAUUUAAGUCUGGUUUGGUAGACUGGUAUGUUUAGGUGUCGGUGUUGCAGCUGUAAUAUGGAAGCUAAAAUGUCUGCAUUUAUGGCUGUAUUUCAGCCAUCUGAAGGCCACACUGACUAGCAACAUUUCCCUCAGGAUGGCCAAAUGCUUGUGUGGGUUUUAUUUUGUUUGAAAGGAACCCAAACAGAUUUAUGUGUAGUAGAUGUUUGGUGUCAGUGAAGUGCCUUAUAGCAAGUCACUAAUUUAGCAUUUGUUUUUUCAUGUUUAUGUUCUGUCUCAGCAUUAUUACCUACUUUAGAGCCCAUGGUUAUUAGAAAAAUGUCCAUUUCAGAAUACUUUAUACUGUUUCUGUCUACCUUAGUGCAUUUAUGGAGUCAUCUGGUAUGCAGUAUCUAUGUACACAUGUCCAUUGCAGAAAAAGAUUGUACAAUGGACAUUAUGACCCUGCUCAAUGUUUGCAAAGGCAAAUAAGUGUUAAAUAUUUGGCAAGGUGUUUUUUUUUUCUGUAAAUUUUAUUUUUAUGACAAAUACUAGACACUGGAUUUUUUACAUGUAUAUUUAUUGAUGUACAAAACACUGGAAAAAAACUGAACUGAUAAGAUGGAAUAGUAAAUUAAAAUGUUCAACUUG